UCCGCGAGACCGGCUACGUCGACACAAGAUGACGGGGCUCACGUCGUACGUUCAGGUUGGCCCCGCGUCGCGCCGGAGCCUUCGCGUUCCGCGAUGACAGGCCCCCCACGCUGUGGGGGCCCUUAGGCAUGCGCGACAGGCAUUCGGGUUGACUGAGAACACAAAUUGAAUCAGCCUUGCGACUUCUGGCCGGUGUGCGCUCUCGCCGAGGCUCGGGCUGCUCACGGACCGGUCUCCUUCGUCCCCCUUCUCCCCACUCCGAAAGCUAAGGUAGGCCCUGGGGUGCGGAGGAUGGGGGUCCAGGCCGAGACGGUUGAGGCACACCUGCUCUGUCCCGCCGACGAGGGAAGGAGAGAAGUUCGCCUUCCGUGCUGCAGCCGAGUAGUCUGGGCGCCUGGUGCCGGGUGGGCUCCAGACCCAAGCUUACUGUUGGCAGGUCCCUGGGCAAACAGCGUGUGAGAUGGGACGGACAUCAAAGGACAAGCGGGAUGUCUACUACCGCCUGGCCAAGGAGAAUGGCUGGCGUGCCCGCAGUGCCUUCAAGCUGCUACAACUUGAUGAGGAAUUCCAACUCUUCCAAGGCGUGACACGGGCAGUUGACCUGUGUGCAGCCCCGGGCAGCUGGAGCCAGGUGCUGAGCCAGAAAAUUGGGGGUCAGGGCUCCGGCCAUGUGGUGGCUGUGGACCUUCAGGCGAUGGCUCCAUUACCAGGUGUGUUACAGAUCCAAGGGGACAUCACCCAGCUGUCCACUGCCAAGGAGAUCAUCCAGCACUUUGAGGGCUGCCCCGCGGACCUAGUGGUGUGCGACGGGGCUCCCGAUGUAACUGGCCUCCACGAUGUUGAUGAGUAUAUGCAGGCCCAGCUCCUCCUAGCUGCUCUGAACAUUGCUACACACGUCUUGAAGCCAGGGGGCUGCUUUGUAGCCAAGAUCUUCCGAGGCCGGGAUGUGACCCUGAUCUACAGCCAGCUGCGUGUCUUCUUCUCCAGUGUGCUGUGUGCCAAGCCCAGGAGCAGCCGCAACUCCAGCAUAGAGGCCUUCGCUGUCUGUCAGGGUUAUGACCCCCCUGCGGGCUUCCUUCCGGACCUGACAAAGCCCCUGCUGGACCACUCAUACGAUCCAGACUUCAACCAAUUAGAUGGACCCACUCGCAUCAUUGUGCCAUUUGUGACCUGUGGGGACCUGAGCUCCUAUGAUUCAGACCGCAGUUACCCACUGGACCUGGAGGACGGCUCAGAGUACAAGUACACUCCACCCACGCAGCCCCCCAUCUCACCACCGUACCAGGAGGCCUGCACGUUGAAGAAGAAAGGGCGGCUGGCCAAGGAGAUCCGCCCCCAGGACUGCCCCAUCAGCACUGUAGACUCGAUGCCCCAGCCCCUGGCUGCUCCACAGCGCCACACCCUGCUGCCCUCUGAGGUGGAAGACAAUGGAAUGAAUUGUUCGCCUUAAUACAUUCAGUUAGCUGGCAGUCUGAUAUAACUCGGAAGCUGUUUGCUGUCAGGAAAAUGAGAACUGGCAUUGAUGAACUUGUUUUCAAAAAUCUCAUCAUCGGGUCCUGAGCAUCCGAGUGGGAACCUGCAACAACCACCAUGAACACAGCAAGGAAAGAAACAUCACGGAACGCCUGUCUGUGCUGCAGAGGGGAUUCUUGAGCCAGGUCUUGCCUCCUCUCUCAGUCUUUCCAGGGGCAUCCUGGUUACGUCCAGAAUUCACCCCCAAAACAGGGAUUCUUAACCCAGAUAGAAAUCAGGGGUAUCUGUGAACAUAACGGUGGAAAAUAUUACAUCUUUAUUUUCACUAAUACUGAACUGAAAUUUCACUAAUAUAACUGAAAUGUAGCUUUACCCCCAAAUACAAAUGCUGGCAACAAUUCACAAUACUAAAAGCAGUGCCUGUACCUUCCCACCAAUACAAAUCAGUUCCUUUUUAAUGUUGAGGUUUUUGCAGGCAUCUUGAAAUCCUGUUCACGUUUAUCACUACUUUGAAUUAUAGAAGAUCUUAUAAUUUGAUGUUCUAAUAAAAAAGUCAAUAUAUUACUGUA